UAUGGAUGAAAAUAAAACUAGGGUCUAGAGGCAUUUCACCUUAGUAUAUAUUACCGCCAUCAACUCCUGCUCUCUAAGGCGUCUCUACUCAAGGAGGAGAGGAGGAGAUAGAACAGAAAAAUGCCGAAGCAAAUACAUGAGAUCAAGGAUUUUCUUCUCACAGCAAGAAGGAAGGAUGCGCGUUCUGUUAAAAUCAAGAGAAGCAGAGAUGUGGUGAAGUUCAAGGUUCGUUGCUCCAAGUAUCUUUACACGCUAUGCGUGUUUGACCCUGAAAAGGCUGACAAGUUGAAACAAUCUCUUCCUCCAGGUUUGAGUGUUCAGGACCUUUGAAGAAACAAUCGGAGUGAUUUCGGGCCUUUGCAGUAAUCAAGAGAUUUAUUUUAGCUUAUUUAUCUCCCUUUUUUCUUGUGAUUUUUGAGUAAUGUUUUCUUGAUUUAGUGACUGAUUGUUGAGAACCUAUCUGAUUUGUGGAGGCUUUCUUGUAUAAUCUUAAUUUUUAAGCGGUGGAUUUGGAGAAUCGCUUCUUGGAAAUAUUUAUAACCAUUUUGUUCUCAUAA